GGUCGCAUGUAUCGCCAUUGAUUGGAUGUCUAUCCUCUUGUCUGUUUCUUCUUCUAUGUGGCACAUCACCUCCCCCUUGCAGCUACCGUGUGUGACGCUCUAGGCCAUAUCGACAGAUGGGCUUCCGCCCGUAAGAGGAGCACACAUGACGAUAUGGCCCACACCAUCCCACACGUAAGCGCGGCAGCUCACCAUCACUCACAGCAUCUUUUUCCCUCCCUCGCCGCCCUCCUGCCCCACCCAUCCAUUUGCCUGCCUGCCUGCCUGCAUUCCUGCCAUGCCCUUCGAUGUAUCUCGCAGCGAGAAAAAACACAGCGACGAUCGAUCGUCAGUCAGCACAUGCAUGCACGGAUGCAACGCACGACCUCGCUACUUCACUCCAGGCUAUCAAUCAAUCAAGGCAGCGCAUGUAUAGUGAAGGAAGGGACACAGCUCGCUCAUUCAAUGUACGGGGCAGCAGUACAAGGCAGGCUACACAUACGCGUGUCACCGAUCCGUUGUCCGUCUGUCGGUCUGUCUGUCUGUGUCGCUCCUCUCCCCUGCUCUCCCCUGCCCUCAUCCCCUGGCCAGUCAUGCAGCCGGUACAUAGUACACAGAAAACACCACUACCAUUCCUCUCGCGUCGUUCCUGUCCUCGGCUUCCUCUUCCUGAUCGAUCGACGCAUCCCAUCUGAUGUCGGUCUGUGUCUCUGUCCCCCGUUCUGCAUGGACCCUAGGAAAGCCAGUACUGCCCGUGUUUAGGCGUACCGGUCAACCGCAGGAGGUCCAAGCAGACACCGGGCGACUCACACGACCCCAUCCAUUCAUCACCAGUGCGCUCUCUCAGCAUACGUACAUACGCAAACACAAAACACCACCCUCACAGACGCAGACAAGUCGUGCUCUUCCGUCAUCGUGUGUCCCAUCAUCGAGAUAGCUCCCGUUUGCCUCUGUCUGCCUGGCUCGUCGACGACUGCAUGAGGAAACGCAAAAACUCGACGUCAGUCCGUCGGUAUGCAUCUCAGCAGCUUGGUAGGUAGCUUGGUAUGGGUUGGCUUACACCAUUCUCUCUCCACACACGUGCACUCUCUGUCAGGCCACUCGGGAAGAGGUCAGACGGUCAGUCAGUCGGUCAGUCAGUACACAGGGAUGUACAGCAAAAAGUUGCCACGGUAGGAGGGACGGAUCGAAGCAGUCGAUUGACACCCUCCUGAUAUUGGCUGAUUGGCCUCAGCCACAUCGCAUCAGCCAGCAUGGAGCACGGACAACAUGCAUGCACAGGCAAGCAUGGAUGCAUUCAUGGGAUGGAAGCAGAAAUCAGCCAGCCGGCCAGCUAGCCGGCAGCGCCAGUCGAUCGAUCGAUCGGUCGAUAGCAUAUCAAGUGUAGCCUUAUCCACCCACCUGCCGGCAGGGGCGGUGUGGCACCCUGCUGUCAGACAUGACGUGCACGAGACAUGACGACACGACCUCAAACAUACACAUACACACACACACACACACACACAUACACAUACACUUACGUACAGGUAAACACGCACACACAUGUACACAGGUAAGUAGGUCAUAUGUGAGUGGGUAGCUAGGUAGGUAGGUAGAUAGUACGCGUGUCACGUACUCAUGCGGUAGACAAUAUACGUACACAUAAAACACACACACACACACACACGCAAAGCCAAAUUAGGACGCCCUCCUCCCUUUCCCCCCAAAAUGCACGCACGACACAGACACAGACACAGACAGCACCAUACCACAUCAUUCAUACACAAAAGGUAGAACACAAAGCCGGCAAACAGCGCCGCCCGCCCGCCCGCCCGCUAUCCAAUCAUCUGUCUCUUCUGCAUCAUCAACCUCGUCACGCAGCAAAAAGCAUAGCGUAUAUCUCUCUCCCUGUCCUGUCUUGCUCGGUUCUCUUGUACAUGCAUGCUUACCAAAUUCAGUGUCGUUGCGCCGCACCAGCUAUGUUUGCUGGCUUGGGCAAGCAUAUCAACAGGCAUGCGUCCAUCAUCCAUCGAUCGGUGCGUCACACAUUCCAACCUUCUUCCCUUUUGCUUGUCUCUAUCUCGCUCGAUCAUGGCAAGUGAGUAAGUAACAAAUCGUCGGCAGCAAAACCAUCCAUUCCAUGCAAGCAAAGGCACUCACACCAAAGCACACAUGUAUGACCUGGCUACGGAGACCGUUCACAUCACAUCACAACACAGCACGUAACGCAAUGCACGCAAUGCAAAACAGCCAUCCAGGAUUGACAAGAUUGACAUCGGCCCGUUCGCCAGCACCCUGCCGCAUUCGUCCAUUUGCCCAUCCGUCCUGAAGCAGGCAGCAAAACCCCCCGACACACCAUCCGAUCCGACAACACACACACACGGACACACACACACACACACACAGAGCUUCCGAAUUUCCUUCUAGGACAGACAGGCGGACACGCAGAGAGCAUGCAGAGAAUGAGAUGUAAUGCCGUGGGUGGCAGGUGACAGUUCUGUACUUACACGACCGAGGUCCCUGAGAAGCAAAACGGGCAGACACGCAGCGAGUCAGGCAAGAGAGAGCCUGAAAUCGACGAGUAGAAAGUAACACGACAGCGAGUGACUGAGAGGCGAGAAAAAGAGUGUGUGCGUGUGUGCGUAAGGGGCGAGUUGAGACGAGAGACACAGGCGAGCGAGCGAGUGAGCAACAGGAUGAGCCAGGCAGCACAAAUGACUGUCCUGAGACGGUAGUGAACUUCACGGUAAGCAGUGGAAUGACACAGAAAAGGCUGACUUCCGGCCGACUCACUCACCUUGCCUCGACUAACUAGCUGAUUAAACUCUGGGUGGGUGAGAGAGGUGAGCUGAGCGGGUGGCGGGGUGGCAUGGAGUGGAAUGGAGCAAGGGAAGGAGUCAUCACAAAUAUGCCAGACAGUGAGGAGCACGUCACGCGAGAGAGAGAGAUGGAAACAGACGAACAGACAGCAGUUGGACUGAGAGCGAGCGAUUGAUCGGUGGAUGGAGGCACAGCGGCUCGUGUAUCUCAGCAAGAUAUGCAAGAUGGAUGAACUAGCCAGCCAGCCAGCUAUAGACUAUAAAAUGUGAUCGAUGCAUGUGUACGUAGUAUACGUAAUACGUAGGCGGAUAUGUAUACAUACGUACGCAGGCCGAUAUGUAUGCGUAUGUAUGUAUAUGUAUGUGUAUGUGGAUGUGUGUGUAGAGACAGACGUGUACAUAUAUGCAUAUGUAUGUAUGUAACGAGACAUUACGUACGCGUGUGUGGUGGUUAAUUGCUGCCUCUGUCCGUCGGGGUCGGUGUCGGCAGAGACGGCAUACACGGCAGGCAGGCACACCGAAAAGCAACCAAAGAAAGACCGAAACAGCAAGAAACAUGGGCGGCGCGUAUACGUGCAUAAAUACGUAACAUACGUAUGGAGGGAUGUGUAUGCGUGUGUCAGUGGAUGGCGAAAAAAACCUCCUCUGCCCGUCCCACCCUGGUCUCCCCUCCCCCCCUCGGUCACAUCACCGCACUAAAGGCAUCGCACGCCACGCACUCCGCCCGCCCAUCCAUCGAUCGAUCAGGUCAAGCAAAGGAUUGAUUGAGAGAGCAAUGACACGUUGCCGGUGGUUCUACGAACACAACACCUGUAGAAACCUGUCAAAGCCCUCUCUACACACCACACCACACCCACGCACGCACGCACGCACGCACGCACACAUGUAAGCAAGCAAGAGUGUCCUACAGACCGGCCCUACAGGUGUCAAAAAAACUAGGUGAACUAGGUAGGCAGGUAUGGCAGGCAGAUUAUCGAGGGAAGAGCUGUGCUCUGGAAGGCACACUGACGUGGUGGACGGGCAAAGCAGAGAUCUGAGAGCAUACCUUGCUAGCACACCACCCACGCACACGGAGAAGCCAUCGCAGUCCCACAUACACACACGCUGAGGCACAGACCAGACAUGAAGAACCACCUGGCUCGCCAUACACACACAGGGGAGUGAAACCUGGUGCAGACAGGCAGGCAGUGAGGCAGUCGGUAUGAAUGAAUCGAGCAAGCGAUUGGUUGGUCGGGAGUCGGCUGCUCCCGACCGGUAGACACAGGCAGACAGACGAGCGAGACACUACACGCCCCUCUAGCUAGCCGUGGGGCGUCCAUACAUCCGUCCAUCGUAUACACGCAUUGGUACUCAUCGGCACAAGACACCAAGGGAAGGGCAGACAGGCAGGACAGACAGGUAGACGGGCAAACAUCGCCCGAGAGAUGAUAGAGCCUCGCUGUCAGCGUGCGUGCGUGCGUCAGUGCGUGCUGCGUCCACCACGGUCACAUGCAUGGACGCACAGAACCACUAAAUUCAGAAAAAGGCUGACUCAACCAGUUCGUGUGGUGGGCGUGGGUGGGUGGUGGGUGGGCGUGGGUGGGUGGGUGGGUGGUGUGUGUGGUGGAUAAGCAAAUCGUGGGGUGAGUAUCUGUGUCUGUGUGUGGGCGGGUGGGUGGGUGCGUAUAAACAAUGGCGGGGUGCGGUGCGUCGCGUGUGUGGGAUGAAAUGUACUCGACAGACAGACAGACAGACACACACACAUCGAUCGAUCGACAUGACAUGACACGACACGAGUUGUGAGAGAAGAGACACAAGGGGUCGGCCUGCGCUUUCGUAUGAAACAAACUGGCAGUCAGUUAGUCAGUCAGAUGAUUAAGUAAUGGACUCUGGACAACACACGGACGCACGCCCUCACGCAGCCAGGAGCAACAGAUAGCCAGGAGGAGAUUGAUACGAGUGAAUGAAUGAAUGGAUGAGUGAAUGGACGAUGAGAAGGAAACAAAUACGCUCAAUAAAGUUCCUUCCUGUGCGCCUCCCUCCCUUCCUAGCUGUGCCAGCCAGUCCUUUGUCUUGUCACCCCACACGCAUCUCACUGAUCGACCUCCAUCCCACGUACGUGCAGCCUAUCUGCCUGUCUGUCUGUCUGGUUUGGUACGUCAAUUCCACGGUUAAUUGUGUGGUACACCGCAAAACCACACACUCACACACAUCCGUCCGUCCAUCAUCCAUCCAUCGCUCGCACCUCGACCGCACCUUUGCAUACAUCCACCCACCCACCCAGUCGCCCUCUCCCCCUCCCCCUCCAUCCGGCAGCCAAGGAACACUCCCUCCCCGCAGGUUUGUCCCCCCUCCCCUGUUCUGGCGAUUUAUACGUCGUCAUUGCUUUGGCAGCGAUUAAAGGCAGUAGGCAGGCAGUGCGCACACACACACAUGUACAGGCAGGCAGGCAGGCAGGCACGUAGGCAGGCAGCAGCGAAGCAGUGCAGCAGCAACAGCAGCAGCAAGAUGUAGGCACGUCACAUCACAUCACCUCACGUAGCAGGUCAGCCAUGUUUCCAACACACGUGCGGCAGUCGGUCGAUCUCUCGUCUUUGGGAGGAAGGGUAGCUGGGUACGGUACGAAGGGGGCAUAGGUGAACGACGGAAGUCACGAUAAGACAAUUAACUCGCAGGGACGCACCAGCCAGCCAGCCAUCAAUAAAUCAAGUCAUGUUUAUGGUGAGAGGGACCUCCAAACGAACGAUCGACCUGAGCCUCACUCUCCCUCCCGUUGUCUUUCUCUCUCCAUCAUGUUAGCGCGUGUGUCAGUCAGUGUGACGGCAAGUAAGCCAGCCAGCCAGCCAACACAUAGAUACAAUACAGUCGACCUGUGUGCGUGAGCGUCAUCUUCCCUCGUCAGAGUGAGUCGACGCGUCCAAAAGCAUAUAUGGCACACGGGAAGUCUAGCCUGGCCCUGGCGUGGCCUGCCUGCCAUUGAUCAACUCAUCCGUCAGCCAACACGCACAAGAAAGCCUCUCUCGUGUGCGUCGGACCUCCCUGUCGUGUGGGGUGUUCGUUUCCUCUUUCCGCCCUCUCUGUCGGCCUGUCUCUCUGACCGGUGACACAUCAACAUUUCCCUGGUGAAGUUAAAGCACAACACAUUCGCCCUCAUCAGAGGAAUGAACAACAGCCUCUCCUCGCUCUCAUUCUCGCCCCGUGAAUGCACUCAUCCAUCCAUCCCUCCCUCCCAUGACGGUCACCUUAAACGAUGAACCGCCAGGCCACCCCGCCCCGCCCACCGAGAGUGAAAGUGUCAGCGAUCAGUGAGUGUCAGCCAUCCGGCUAGAAAGAAAAGUGCAGUGAGUACAUGGCCAAGUGGCCAGGAAGAGAGCCAGCAACCUCCAGCAGCAGAGGGGUCAUGCACACACACGCGCACACACACACAUCAGAACACGCAAAAGACAGAACCCGCAUCCACGUCAGCCAGCCAGAGGGCGAAAACGUAUCCAUACACCCACACGUGGAUCGAUCGACCUUGAAAGUGAAUGUGACGGAUGAAUGAGUGAAUCAAUGAAUGAAUGGUGGCGCGAAAGACACUCACACGAUUGAAAACGAUCGGCCCUCUCUGUUUUACAUUUCUGCUUCCUGGUCGGCCUGUGCGCUCACUCUCUGUCCUCGUGUCGUGUCGCGUCGGUCGUGUGCAAAUAACAUACAUCAUACAACCGGUAAUAGCCUCGCUCGUGGUCAUGCGUGAUAGAAACCCGUGACAUACACGAUGCCAUAUACGUCUUUGUUGACCGACGCCGUGCUCUCUGCAUCCCACCAGGCAGUGUGCGUGCCCAUCAGUAGAGCCGUGUAGCUCAUGCGUCCGUCCGGACAUCGAUCGACAUACAUCCGCCAACAGACAAACGGUGAGUGAGUGAGUGAGUGAGUCAGUGUGUGGACAGGUGAACCCCCCAGGCCAUCUCGCAUCCCAGUUGGGAGUGACGCGAUGGCCAAGACGCAGACAGACGGACAGACAGGAAAAGCAGACAACCUGAUUAAUAGACAGCCAUGCCAUGCCAGCCAGCCAGGGUGUGUGUGGUGUGUAUGUGUGUGCAUGCGUGUGUGCGCGCGCGAGAGUGCGUGCGUCGGCAGCAAAGCGACAAAUACAGGCAGACGACAGCUAGCUGGUUGAGCAGGCAAGAGAGAACAUGCACACACCGGCCGACCGACCGACCAGUACAUGCACGCAGCCACCACCGAAGCAACAAACACAGCCGGCCACACCAAUCACGCAGGCCAACCGUGUGUGUGUGUGUGUGUGUAUGUAUAUAUGCGCCAGCCAGCAUCCGGCCAGUCAGCGUGGCUUGCCGAUCGGACGCUGGCUGGCACUGCACGCCACAGCAAGGCACGGCGCUCACCAAACGACACACGAGAGGGAGGGAGGGAGUGGGCGGGCUGACUGGGUAGGUGAGUCGCUGCUCGUGCUCUCCGCACGUUGUGUGGUGGUCCAAAAACAGCAGAGCUGUGCCAAUCACUCACUCACCGCCCUCCCCCUCUGUGACCGACCGGCUCUCAGAAACUUUCAUCAUGUGGGUAGGUAAAGCCAUCCGUCUACACCUGCGUGUACACGCACGUGUAGCGUGCCCGUACAUGCCUGACUGACUGACGUGUAUACGAUACGCGUACAUACUGACUCAAGUAUGUAUGUAAACAACAAAUCGCCAGCCAGCAAAUCAGUCGCGCCCUAGAAAGUAAGAGAGUAAGAAAGAAAGCAAAGCGAGCGUCCGCACCGUGAGGGAGGGAGUGGAGUGGAGUGAGUGAGUGAGUAAGCGAAUGAAUCAAUGGAUCAAUGACCUACCCUUUGCAACGCAUAGCAAGCAUCCAUACAGACCAUGAUCAGACCAGACGGGCAGACCGACGUAGGUCAGAGAGCCACCCGUCCAUCCGUCCGACCCACGCGAAUUGAAUCAACCAACCAGCCAACCAUCGAGCCAGCAGACCAACACGCGUCGACCGACAGCGCUCUCCCGCCCGCCAUUAGAAAACGAGCUGGCUCAGCGCCACAAAGAUGAGAGACGAGCACCCGUGUGUACAACACAAGAACGAGGCAACGCGGGUGGGUGGGGGGGACAUCACGCCGCAGAACCGCCCGCUUACAAGUGGUGCGAGUGUGCAGAGGCGCGGGUGAAUCUUGACGCUUGCCUGCCUGCCUGUCUGCCUGUCGACCGACACACGCGUCUCGUCUCGUCUCGUCUCUUAAAGCGACCAAAAAACUGUGGGUGUACGUGGCAGUGUGUGUGAGUGAGAGUGACGUGUGACCGAGAAACGGCCGGCCAAGCUUCAGACACUGACCGAGUGCGCACCGUACGACAGAGCCGUGUGUACGUGCGUGUGGUGCGCUGUGUGUGAGUGGGAAAAUGGUGUGAUCCAGGUGGAUGGCAUGACGGCAUGCAUGAGAAAAAGCGAUGUGCAUGUCGACAGCAGCAGCAUGGCACGGCAAGAGCCUCUCGCCGGCGAAUUCGCCGCGUGGUGCAUGUGAUCUGCCUUUCCUCCCCUCCCUCCUUUCCCCUGCCUGUCUCUCUUUCCCUCUCUCUCUCUCCCGAUGCCUCCGUACGCGCGUGUGCAUGUCGAAAAACAACCCAUGCACGGUGCUCUCUCUCGACUCGAUGGUGAUUCCUCUCUCCGAACACGAACACACACUGACCUGCCGUGCCUGUCGGUCAGUCUGUCUGUCUGUCUGCCUGUUUGUCUGCCCGACACGAAAAAGAGCGCAGUGGAUGAGAGAAAGAGGACGGGAAAGCGUCAGGCAGGCAGGCAGGCAGGCACACAUGAACGAGGGAAACGGGUGAGACACUUCUCACACAUAAGAGUCAGUAGACAGCCAGUCACACAGUCACAUAGGCAGAGUGCCUGACAGAGAGAGACAGGUGGACAGCUAAGCCAAGCAAAGCCACGCCACGAGGGCAAAAAGUGUGUGUGGGUGCGGAUGAAUGAAUGAACGAACACUGAAGCGAUAUUUGCUGUGGUGUGGUGUGCUGUGCUGUGGUGUGGACGAAAGCAAGCAUACAAGCCAACAGCCGACGUGACUGACUGACACCAGCCAAAAGACCGGCCAGCCACCAAGCAACCAAGCAACCAAGCAGCUCCACGCACACACGUUCAUGCAUCGCAUCCAUCCAUCCAUCAUGUAGGCAACGGAAGAGCACAGACAGGUAGUCAAAGUGUGUACGCAAGUACGUCCCGGUAGGGACACUCCGCCCCCCAAAGCAAACAAACCACACCCGCCCCGCCCACCAGCCCCAGCCCACCUGCCAAUUCAGCCAUCCCAUCUCUCGCCAACACACAAGUCCUCCGCUCACUGAUGCACUCAUUCUUCGCGAAUCGCGACGUGGGAGGCCGGGCGCCACAUGCAUUCGGGCACACAUAAAAAAACAUCAACGAAAGAAUCAAGACAGGCGUCGGCAAUCCAACGACGACGCGCGAAAUCUCUCUCUGUCCCUGUCUCUCCAGCAGCCAGUCAGCGAGUGAGUGCACGAAAGCAGCCAGACGAAGGCAUGGGAACUACAGGUCACACACACGGCCAGCCAGCCACAGCACACUCGACCGACGUGCACGCAGACGUGCGCUCGAGGUGCGUAUGGCCAGGCCAGGCCCCUCUGGUGAAUCCAGCCAGUCAGCCACACCAUGACAUACAUGAUCAUUCACUCACAUCCACGAUGUCCAUGAAAUGUCAUCCAUCCAUCCAGACAAGACAAGAGGAGAGAGGAGAGAGAGUCAGUUUGCUGCAGCCACCGCACGCACUCAUGCACACCUGCACUGCCUGCAUAUACACGAAACACUUGUUGUUAUGCGAGUAGAGAGGAACAAAGCUGCCUGCCUGCCUCCCUGUACACCAUUCAUCCAUCCAUUCAUCUAUCUCUUUUCCCCUCGCCGCUGAGUCAGUCAUACGUAUCGCCAGCCAGAACAGAGGAGUCAUAGACAAAACCGCGGAGUCAGUCACGUUCCCUUGCUGCCGUCACUCGAGGGCCGCCCUCCCCUCCCUCCCUCCCUCCCCCCGAGUAGCGGUGUCCUCAUUGUGUGAUGGAUCGGCGGAGCAGUCGCUGCUCCUUCCGCCGCUGCCACAGCGGACUCUCCUCCACACUGCCCAAACGAAACUCCCUGACACACAGGCAACACACAACAGCACACCACCGUCAUAUCGCAUCGCGUAGGUCCCUCCUCCCUCCCUCGCUCUGUGUCUCUACGUGCGUACCUGAUGCCGUCAGCCCCGUCGGAUGCGACGAGUCGGGGUAGGAAUGCGGGUGUGUCGUCGUCGGACGGCGUGGGGUCCCAUCCGCGGCUCCAGAAGGGCGGGCGGCUGCUGUGUGAGGUCGGGGGAGACGGAGUGCGGCUGCCGCUGCUGUCGGCGGAGUGUGUGUGGGAGGGCACGAUGGCCUCGAGGUCGGUGGAGUGGAGACGGAAGAGGGUGGGGUUGAGGGAACUGUACCCAGCCAUGUGGGGAGUCGAUGGCUCUGACAAACAAAAUGACACGCACCCUGCCUGGUGUCUACUGUCUCGCGUGUUGGUGUGUGCGUGUCCGUGGUGUGCUUGUGUACCAUCGAAGGCUGGGCUGUCGAUGUCAGCACAGUAGUCGGUCGUGGCACAGUCAGAGAAGACGCCAGCAUCUGAAUCAACUGACAGACAGGCGGAGAGACAGACAGACAACCACACAAGACAGUCAAUCGACAAGCACGUGCCACAUGCGUCUCGCGAGGCUAGGCGUCUCUUUCCUGCCGUCUCCCCUCGUGUGUCGCCUGUGCUUGCCGCACCUGAUAUCUUGAGGUCGGCCCGGGGCAUCUUAGUAUUGGUGUGAGGCACGUCACUCACAAACUUGACUGAAGAGCGAGGACAGUGAGACGGCACUGUCUGGACGGCCGGGACGCCAUGGCAGCUCUGCACGCACGCCGCUGUGUGCUCUCCGUCGGCCGUCUCAGGCUGAGCUGCACACGAGUCGUGAUGGCGGUCACCGCAGGAAACCUCCAGGGCCAUCGCUGUCAGCUGCUCACAAGCGCGGUGGUAGGCGACAAGGGUGCGCAAGGGACAGUGUGACAGACAGCAGCGAGAUC